ACAAAAAAAAAGAGUAUAUAAAUCAUCCUUUCCCCUUUUUCCCUUUUUCUUUCUUUCUUUUUUUUUUCUUUUUAUUUUACACAUAUGAAUUCUUCCAACGCUUAUUACAGUCAUCGCUUUUCUAUCAAGACAGAUGAACAAGUACUUCAGUUAUUAUCUGCUGCUUGUAUUGCUGAAUGGGUUCAACAAAAACCAAGUGCAAAUGCUAUCAUGACUUUGGAUGAUGGUGAAUCUAUUCAUUUACCUGUAUUUGCCCUUCGACGUCGAAAUGCUGUUGUGGCUCCAUUACCUGAUGCCCGUGUGCCUUCCAUUACUGCAUAAACAAACAAGAUACCAUUUUUUUAUAGACUACUUUUAUUUAUUUAUAGACUCAAAUAAAAGA